GUUUGCGCAUCCUUUCCGUAUAGACAUUUAUAGUAAAAUUAAUAAAAGUACAGAUGUUGUUAUGAAUGUAAUGUCUGUGAAGGUUCUCAGUCAUCCAGGUCAUCGUAGUCUUCACUUUUGCUUUUCAAGCAACUUAAAGAAGUCCAGACGCUUUUCUUUCCAAGCUCCUUGGAUUAUGAAUGUAAUGUAAUGCAGCUUUAGGUCUGACUUGGGCAUUUUUUUGGACACCACUAAAUGAGCCUUUUCAGGUCAGAUAUGAAAACGAGUGAAGAUGGAGUAAAAUGAGGUAUGCUGAUGACUAGUAUAACCUCACUAAUCUGAUUUGUUCAGUGUGGUUGACUCUGGAGCCAGUGUGGGAAAAUAUUUCUGGAAGACCUGAGGGAGCUACACAGUCGCUCAUUAAAAUGACCUUGUGUGCAAUUUCACACAUGCCAUGCGUCCGGGUUUUUCAGAAAGCCUUAUUUCAUACGGAGAGUCGCAGGGUUGAUAGGUUAGCUCUGUGAGGGUCUGUGGGUCAUUCCUCCUCAGUCAUGAAUAGGCUCAUGACAACUUACGAGACACUACCUUUGACAGAGGUUUCCAUUUCCUCUCACGGUGUGAAAAAGAAGCCCAGACUGUGGAGUUCCAUCGUCGAGAUGACGUCUCACAUGGCACUGUGCAAACUCUUUCCUCUGGUUCUAGUGGCGGUUUUGGUGCUCACUGUGAAUGGGAUAAUAGGAGAUCCCCUGUUUGAGUGCCUCCAAGACACAGACUACAGCGAGCUUCUUGACAUCGUGGAGAAAGGUCUUCCUGCUGCAAAGACGCCUCGACACGUAGCAAUCGUUGGCGGGGGCAUCGCUGGACUGACGGCUGCCAAGUUUCUAGAAGAUGCUGGACAUAAGGUGACCAUAAUCGAGGCCAGUAAUCGUAUCGGAGGACGUGUGGAGACCUUCAGGAACAGAAGAGAGGGCUGGUACGCAGAACUGGGGGCCAUGAGGAUCCCGAGCUUUCAUAAGAUUUUGCUUUCUUUUGCGUCCAAAUUACAAAUACCUAUGAACCGCUUCAUCCAAGAUGACAUCAACACCUACUACUUGGUAAAUGGAGUGCUACAUAAAACCUAUACAGUUGAAAACAACCCCAGCGUGCUCAACUACAGCUUGUCUGAUAGGGAGAGGGGGAAAACGGCCGCUCAGCUCUUCAGCCAGGCGCUGUGGAAGGUGAGAGAUGAUGUGAAGGCAAUCGGCUGUAGUGCCACAUUGGAUAAAUAUGACUCCUACACAGUGAAGGAGUAUCUGGUGAAGGAGGGCAAUCUGAGUCGUGGAGCCCUGAGGAUGAUUGGGGACAUCCUGAAUGAAAACAGCCUCUUCUACACAUCACUGAUCGAGAUGAUGUACAUGCAGUCAGACAUCAGUGACAACGUCGAGUACUUUGAGGUGACUGAUGGCUUUGAACACCUCCCCAGAGCUUUCUACCAGGUCUUAAAUGCCACCAUCCUCCUCAACUCCAAGGUCAAGCUCAUAAACCAGACAGGUGGUAGAAAUGUGACCAUCACCUAUCAGGACCAGCACAACUCAGGUUCCCUGACUAACCUAACGGUGGACUACACCCUGGUCACUGCCACAGCCAAGGCCACCCUGUUCAUUGACUUCCAGCCCCCUCUCUCUGGGGACAAGAUGGAGGCCCUGCGCUCAGUUCAUUACACCAGCUCCACCAAGGUGGUGCUUAGUUUCAAGGAGCGCUUCUGGGAUAAAGAGGGCAUCAGAGGAGGGAAGAGCAUCACAGACCGGCCCGCUCGCUUCAUCUACUACCCCAGCCACACCUUCCCCAGGACAUCCGCAGGUGCACUGCUGGCAUCCUACACCUGCUCUGAUGACUCCGCCCUCUUCCAGGGCAUGAAUGAUGGGGAGCUGAUGGCUGUGGUCCUGGAGGACUUGGUGAAGAUCCACGGAGAGUAUAUCAGGCCUCUGUGGACAGGGGGGCUGGUGAAGAAGUGGGGCUUGGAUCCUUAUAGUCUGGGAGCCUUUGUCCUGUUCACACCUUACCAGCAGGGGCACUAUGCCAGAGAACUGUUCCAGAGUGAGGGACGGGUACACUUUGCAGGGGAGCACACGGCCACACCUCACGGAUGGAUCGAAACGUCCAUCAAGUCUGCACUCAGGGCAGCUAAAAAUGUUAACAGUCUUACACUGUAGUGUUUCGUGCAGCAAACAUUUUUUCCAUGUUCACUCCUUUAGGGUUUGUCUGAUAUCAUGAACACAGUUCCAGCUCAGCCCUGUCGGCUCCUCCAACCCCCAAGGGAACCGAAAAAGCCUCUGGAGAUCUACCUUUGGCGGCCCGUACCCUGAGAGGGAUAACAGGCAGUAGUAGUAGUAGUAGUAUAAGUCACUCCAGUGUGAUGUAUAUUUUCUGUUAUGAAUGUAUUGUUGAUGUACAUCUAUUAAUUGAUAGACAAAAGGUUUGUCUGUUACAGGCACUUUUAUCAGAUUUGCAGGGCUUCGCUCUUAAAGUUCGUCCUGUGUCUAAAUACCAAGUUUCAGUUGGAUUAAGUGCAGAAAUCUUUAUAUUUGUGAGAUUCUAUGUUACAUGACGUUGAAACUUGUUUGCAGGAAAAGUGGAUGAACAAUUGACAGAGCCCGAGCUGUGAUUCAUUUCAUUUAUGUUUUAUUUAAUUUUAGCUACGUGGUACUUCAGUGACUUCAUUUUGCACGUAUGUUGAACCACAAAGUAAAUCUCUGGAUUUUCCCUGUCAGCGUAUGACUCGAAGUAAAAUGAUGUAAGCAUCCAUGAAAAAA